ACCUCACAACCCCUUCAAAUCCCCGUUUCUCUCUCUCUCUCUCUCGCCCAGCCAGCCUCUCCUCCACUGUCCUUUGCUUUCCUCUUUCUUUUCCUUCUCCCCAAACCGAAAUUCCCAAGUUUCUCUCCGUGUUGCCUUUUGCAUACAUCGAAGGGAAAUCAUGGUUCAGAUUCAGAAGACGGAGAAGGAAGAGACCGAGUUCAAGGUUCCUGAAACAAUCACUCCCUGCGUCAACAACUGUGGUGUCACCGGUAAUCCGGCCACCAAUAAUAUGUGUCAGAAGUGCUUCACCGCCACCGCCUCCUCAGCCACCACUUCCUCUACCGGGAUCGCUGCUCCUUCUAAAUUUUGCGACGACAAAAGUUGUAGAUCCGCUCCGUCUCGUUCGCCCAAGAGGUCGCACCCUUCCGAUGAGGAGCCGGCGCAGAAUCCUUCAUCAGAUCGGACGAAAUCAGACGAGAUGACGCCGUCUGAAGCCAAGCGGGUGGUGAAUCGAUGCUCCGGUUGUCGAAGGAAGGUAGGUUUGACCGGAUUCCGAUGCCGGUGUGGCGAGUUGUUCUGCGCUGAGCACCGGUACUCCGAUCGACACGACUGCAGCUACGACUACAAAGCCGCCGGACGUGAGGCGAUCGCGAGGGAAAAUCCUGUGGUGAAAGCGGCCAAGAUCGUGAAGGUUUGAAUCUGCAGAAACCAAAGGAAUCUGAUAGAUUAUUGCUGCUCAACAACACGAUCAUCCACCGUCUGUACGCGAUCGAGGUCCGAUCCCGUCAUUUCUCUCUCUCGCAGGAGAUAUAGACAUGUUAGCCGAACAUCAAUGUUUAGCGUGUGUGAGACAGGGAGAUUGUUGCCGAAGACGAUUCGUUCCCCGUGAAAUCGUCCGUGUUGGAUCAAUCUAUGAUCAUUUUUUCUUGAUUGUUUUACCUUUUCUUUUCUCUUUGGUCUUGUUUUGGGUUGAUAAUGAUAAAUUAUUGUGAUUUACGGCUA